GCGCUGUGCGGGGCUUGGGACUGCGGAGGGAGCUUGCAGAUCCGCCAGGGUCACUGCUUCCUCCUGUCGAGGGUCUGGGUAGAAAAGGAGCCUAGGCUCCGGAGAGAAGUGGAGCCUAGAUGCCCUGGGUUCUUCCGGUCUGGGCGGGUGUGGGGGAUCUCGAGUUCUUGGGUCUUCCCAGAUAGAGGGGAUGAAGGAAUCCAGACAGGAGUCUAGAGGGUUCCUGGAUCCUCAAAGCAGGAGAAGACCAUGACACCCGAAGAGUGGACCUAUCUAGUGGUUCUUCUUAUCUCCAUCCCCAUCGGCUUCCUCUUUAAGAAAGCUGGACCUGGGCUGAAGAGAUGGGGGGCGGCAGCUGUGGGCCUGGGGCUCACCUUAUUCACCUGUGGCCCCCACACUUUGCAUUCUCUGAUCACCAUCUUGGGAACCUGGGCCCUCAUUCAGGCCCAGCCCUGCUCCUGUCACGCCUUGGCUCUCGCCUGGACCUUUUCCUACCUCCUCUUCUUCCGAGCCCUCAGCCUGCUGGGCCUGCCCACUCCCACGCCCUUCACGAACGCUGUCCAGCUGCUCCUGACACUGAAGCUGGUGAGUCUGGCCAGUGAAGUCCAGGACCUGCAUCUGGCCCAGAGGAAGGAAAUGGCCUCAGGCUUCAGCAAGGAGCCCACCAUGGGCCUCCUGCCUGACGUUCCCUCCUUGAUGGAAACGCUCAACUACAGCUACUGCUACGUGGGAAUCAUGACAGGCCCUUUCUUCCGCUACCGCACCUACCUGGACUGGCUGGAGCAGCCCUUCCCGGGGGCUGUGCCCAGCCUGCGGCCCCUGCUGCGCCGUGCCUGGCCAGCUCCGCUGUUUGGCCUGCUCUUCCUGCUGUCCUCCCACCUCUUCCCGCUGGAAGCCGUGCGCGAGGACGCCUUCUACGCCCGCCCGCUGCCCACCCGCCUCUUCUACAUGAUCCCGGUCUUCUUCGCCUUCCGCAUGCGCUUCUACGUGGCCUGGAUUGCGGCCGAGUGCGGCUGCAUUGCCGCGGGCUUCGGGGCCUACCCUGUGGCCGCCAAAGCCCGAGCCGGGGGCGGCCCCACUCUCCAAUGCCCACCCCCCAGCAGUCCGGAGAAUGCGGCUUCCCUGGAGUACGACUAUGAGACCAUCCGUAACAUCGACUGCUAUGGUACAGACUUCUGCGUGCGGGUGCGGGAUGGCAUGCGGUACUGGAACAUGACGGUACAGUGGUGGCUGGCACAGUACAUCUACAAGAGCGCACCUGCCCGCUCCUAUGUUCUGAGGAGCGCCUGGACCAUGCUGCUGAGCGCCUACUGGCACGGCCUUCACCCUGGCUACUACCUAAGCUUCAUGACCAUCCCUCUGUGCCUGGCCGCUGAGGGCUGUUUGGAGUCAGCCUUGCGGGGACGGCUGAGCCCCAAGGGCCAGCAGGCCUGGGACUGGGUGCACUGGUUCCUGAAGAUGCGCGCCUACGACUACAUGUGCAUGGGCUUCGUGCUCCUCUCCAUGGGCGACACACUCCGGUACUGGUCCUCCAUCUACUUCUGCAUCCAUUUCCUGGCUCUGGCCUGCCUUGGGCUGGGGCUAGCUUUGGGUGGAGGCAGCCCCAGCAGGAGGAAGGUGGCAUCCCAGGCCACCACCAGCCAGGCCCAGGAAAAGCUCCGGGAGGAAUGAGCUACAGUGCGCUCUCCUGCCAACCAGCCCAAGCUUUUGCCUGGGAAUUCUGUGAACCGGGCUGCCAUCUCCUUCCCCAGCAAAGUCCCCUAGUUGGCUAGGAGCCUGGAGAGGAUUCCCUCUUCCCAGCUAACUCUCCUGCCUCUGACUUAAACAAAGCUGGGGUACCCUUCCCUCAGGCCCUCCCUGCUCCCUGAACCUCCCUCCACUGACAUCAGGGUAUUACUGUGCACUCCUGUCCUUGCUGUCUGCCCUUCUUCAGGUAGUCAGAGAGCUGUACUUCCCACAUAUGCCUUGGCAGAUGGUCGUGUGGCAUCUUGGACAAACUUGUGGGUCUUGGAGCAGGAGCUUCAGGGCCAGGUUCUGGGAGAGGAGAGGAACCUCUUCCUCUUGUUUUUAUCCCAUUAAAUCAGUAUUUCAGAGAAUAUUACCCUAACACUUCCUAAAGGGGAAACUGAGGUGCAAGUGGGCAGCCCCCGGGGGUUGGGGGAAACGUGCUCUACAGCCUCCAUCUGAGCCACUUCUAGGCCCCUACACACUUGCCACCCUGUGAUAUCCUUGGCCUAUUAAGGGCAGAAUGUAUACAUUUUUCCCAAUAAAGUGUUACACAUCUGU